AUGUACUUAAGGGCAUUUAUAAUUACAUUUGGUAUUCUCGUGUCCGGUCCAGAGCAAUGUCUUUGCAAUCAGCCGUGCUCGGCUAGCCACGUGAAACACUACCACCAGACCAACCCCUACCACCAGACGUUGCUCCCCACCCAAGGGACCCUACGUGCAAACGACCCCGUACAUCUGACCCCCAUAAAUAUGUUCGUCAAAAUCGACGACACUCAUCGAGACCUUAGUGGAGGAGUUCAGCCUUCGACCACUACGUGCCAUCCCGGCAACGACUUCAGACAAUCCAGGAUCUUCACGAAACUCUUCAGCCUACCUGGCGCGGUGGCGGACGCGCUGAUCAGCGGAGAAAUCACCAUC